CUCAUCUCCUCCUCCUCCUCCUCGAUCUCUUGCCCUAGUAGACUAGAUAGGCUACCUACUCUACUACCACGAGCUUCUUCCACAUGCAGCAGCAGCGGUGUGAGCGAUCGAUCGAUCGAGCUAGCUAUCUAGCUGCCCGUGCAUGAUUCCGGUGGAGGUGGAGGCGGCGGGAGCCGGGAGGAGGAUGCAGGGGGAGGCGGUGGUGCCGAUGAUGCUGCCGCCCUUCUUCAUGGACUCCGGAAUCUGGCCGGCGCCGGGGGUCGCCGACGCCGCGGCGGGCUCCGCGGAGGACGAGGCCGCGGCGGCCGCCGCGGCCCACGACCGCGCGCUCGCCGCGUCGCGCAACCACCGCGAGGCCGAGAAGCGCCGCCGCGAGCGGAUCAAGUCGCACCUCGACCGCCUCCGCGCCGUCCUCGCGUGCGACCCCAAGAUAGACAAGGCGUCCUUGCUGGCGAAGGCGGUGGAGAGGGUGCGCGACCUUAAGCAGCGGAUGGCCGGCAUCGGCGAGGCGGCGCCGGCGCACCUGUUCCCGACGGAGCACGACGAGAUCGUGGUGCUCGCGUCGGGCGGCGGCGCGGCGGCGGUGUUCGAGGCAUCCGUCUGCUGCGACGACCGCUCCGACCUCCUCCCGGAGCUCAUCGAGACGCUGCGAGCGCUCCGCCUCCGCACGCUCCGCGCCGAGAUGGCCACGCUCGGCGGCCGCGUCCGCAACGUGCUCGUUCUGGCGCGCGACGCCAGCGCCGGCGCCGACGACGACGACAGCACCGCCGAUUACUCGGCCGGCUCCACCGACGGCGGCGACUUCCUAAAGGAAGCCCUGAGGGCUCUGGUCGAGAGGCCGGGCGUCGCCGCCGGCGACCGACCGAAGCGGAGGCGUGUCGUCUCCGACAUGAACAUGCAAGCUGCAGCCUAGCCGGCCAUAGCUCAACAUAGCUAUCAGUUUGCUCUUGGUAUACUACGUACUUUGCUUGCCAUGUUUUACUUAGUUUUUGUGUGCUAAUUAAUCAGUUGCUCUUCAUAUAUGGCUCUUCUUGGUGAUACAAUAUUGCCAACCAAUAAGCCAUGUAUGAUUAAUUAGGAUAUAUAUAUUACCAUUAGGGUUUGCUUGAGCUUUCAUCAAAGCUGUUCCAAAGCCAAUGCAAACCCAGCCACUGAAAUAACAAUGUCAGCAUGCCCAAUAUAUAUGCAAGGUUGCAGACUUACCCAACUAAUUAAGCACAACAUAUAUAUGCAUGUAUCAACAUUGGAAGUCAAAUAUACAUAUAACACAUCAUCACAGGCUUAAAA